AAAAGUGAGCUUAAUGGGCAAAGUUAAAUGUAACGGGAUUUAUCAUACCUAAGACUUGUUCUUCACAAAAAAGAGGCUGAAAUAGAGGAUCGAUCGCCCUUUUCCAGGUUACUUGAAGAGCUAGGGUUUUGCAAUCAAGUUUGAUGAACAGAAACAAUCACGACAUGGGAGAGCGUCGGUUACUUGCAGGUCAUGGGAGAAACAGAGUUACUUACGAGCACAGCUAAGGAAGCUGUUCGGUUACUUGCAGGUCUCAGCAACGUCGACUUGUAGAAGGGUGAAGGGAGUUCGGAUAGCCAUGGGAGAGCUUCAUCAGCAUUUUUUGUUCUUCAAUGGGAGAAAAGCUGAAGAUGAGAGCCUGAUAAUUGUGAACCAAUUGAUUCACCACUUAACUCACCCUAUUUAUAUGGAACAUGAUGGUGAUCUCAAUGAAGCUGUUAAUGCACAUUUUAGCUCAGGAGAUAGAAACACAACACAAAGGGCACCUGUUGCGGCAUCUCAAAAUGAUUUCAUGGAAAUAGAUGAUCCAAUUGGACUUGAAGCUCGAGAACCUCUUUUACCAUUUCUAUCUUCUGGUAGAAACUUGAACCCAUUCUCAAUUCUUGACCCCAAUUUUGGUAGAAAUUUUUUUGAAGGGAGGGGUGCUUCCGAGUUCUCCAGCCGUGCACCAUUUGUUUCCCAUCCAAGAGAGGUUCGGGAGAUCCCAAUAGAGGUCAAGGAUGGAAAUGACCAGCCUGGUCAUUCUGGAUCUGCUCCUACUAUCGAAGAUGUCACUGGAACUGCAUAUGCGCCUGGUCCUGAAACCCACGGACGUGUCAUAAUUGAUGAUGAAGAGGAUGAAGUUAUUCCAAUUGACCCCCCUGCACAUGCUGCAGGUCUGAAUGAAAGAGAAACUAGCUUGUCAGGUAACAGUCUUAAUCAGGCACAUGUCGCAAGUGCUCCUGAUUUAGACAGUGACUGGGGUAAUGAUAUAGAAGAAGAGAUGGUGCGAGCUGCCAUCGAAGCUUCAAAGCGAGAGGCUGAAGAGGGGUAUCCAAAUCGGCAAUUUGGUAUUGCUAAUGAAUCAUCAAGUCCUGGAAUACAACAAGAAGGGCAAUCUCAGUUAGAGGAUACUGAGCUUGCACAUGCAGUUUCAUUGUCAUUGAGGACGGCAGAGCAAGAGAAGGCACGCCGUGAGCAGGGUGUGUUAGUUGGAGCUGCUCAACAGCAAGCUUUUAGCCUAUCUGAUGUGGAGUUGGGAAAACUACCAUCAGCAAAUGAAAGGCAAGGAUUUGGUUCUUUGGGCAAGGGAGCUUCAAGUCAAGUUAAGUUGGAGGCCGGAAGCUCAUCUGUGCAGGAUGAAGCUGAGGAUGUAGACGAGCAGCCAUUGGUGAGGCACAGGUCUAGACGAGUUUCUUUUGGAUCUAUGGAGUCUGCAAAAGAUGUUGGAGAAAUGACAGACAGCCCCCCGUCAAGUCCUAGACCUCAUGAUGUUGGUACUGAUCAGCAGCGCAACAGGGACAACUUCCCCUCUGAUGAAUGGGGAGGCAUUUCUUCGGAGGAACAUGAUGAAGCAGUUAUGCUCGAAGCUGCACUUUUUGGUCGAAUUCCUGAAGGAACUGCAUAUCGCUUUGAUGUGGGUUCCUUUCCUUUUCGAACACCACGUCCUCCUUCUCCCACUCUAGCAGCUCAACGGCUACUGCGAGAACAGCAGGAUGAUGAGUAUCUUGCUUCACUACAAGCUGAUAGAGAAAAAGAAUUGAAGGCCAGGGAGGAAGCUGAAGCUCGUCGCUUAGAAGAGGAAGCUGCUAGAGAAGCUGCCCUUGAAGAAGAGAGACGCAAAGAGGAAGCAGCUCGCAUGAAAUUGCUAGAAGAAGAGGAGUUUGAGAGACAGCUAGCUGCAAAAGAAGCUUCUCUUCCUCAGGAACCUGCUUCAGAUGAUGAAAAUUCUGUAACUCUUCUUGUUCGGAUGCCAGAUGGUAGCCGCCAUGGCCGUCGCUUUCUAAAGUCAGACAAGCUGCAGUCACUCUUUGACUUCAUCGAUGUGGGUAGGGGUGUUAAACCUGGUACCUACAAAUUGGUGAGGCCAUAUCCUCGGCGGGCUUUCAGUGAUGGUGAGAGUGGGUUAUCUCUGGGAGAACUGGGUCUAACCAGCAAGCAAGAAGCCUUAUUUAUAGAGUUGAAUUAGGAAAUGCCAUUUCCUUAUGCGAAAGGAAAAAAAGGGGGAGGGGGUUGGGGUGGGCAAAAAAGAGAUUUGAAUUAGUUCUGUGAAAUGAUAGAACAUGCAUGGCGUGUUGAUAUCAGCUGCUGGUUAUAUAGUUGCAAUCAGUUCGAAUGCGAGAACUUAAGACUGCUUCGUCGGUAGCUGAAAAAUAUUGAACUUUGUUCCAGCAACCCCAGCUAUUCUGAUGCAUUCUGGUUUGUGAGCAGGAUGAUCGUUACAAUUCCGUGGUGUUUGAUUGGUUGAUGGAUUUGUAUAUGCACAAAAAUAUUUAUUAUUAUUUCUUCGUUUCAUUUGAAACUUAA